AUGACUGCAGGCAAUGUCGAGCUCAAGGUCACGUUUCUAUCGCCGCUCACCCCAAAGGACUACAAGCGCCAAUCACUAAUCUUCUCGUACAUGGAUAUCGAGGUUUCAUCACUUGAUGGAUCUGAGCAUGACGUGCAGCUGUACACCGAUAUCAGUGCAGAGUGGGCGUCUGGUAGUUUAACCGAGGUAGCCCAGUGGGACUUUGGAUCCACAGAUGGUCUCCUGUAUCACAAGGUCUGGAAACAAAACCAACAAACCUUCACCGAAGUCAGCGACCGUGCAGAAUGGGGCAAUUGGUACUAUGCCACCAAACAAGUCGACGGCCUUACUUACAUGUCCGGAGCUGAUGUCGAUGUUCGGAGCAUGUUCGACAAAACUGGCAGUCUUGGUAACCGGAAAGACAUGAAGUUUCGUCCCAUCAACCAAGAUUGGCCUGUCUUUGGAUAUGCGCUGAACAUGGGUUCCGUCGGUGCUACCCCAAGAAAGCAGCUGUUUACCAUUGGUCUGUGCCAGGAAGAUGCCAUCCACUUCCUCGGCGGAACAGGACUCACCAUACUCCAAUCGCUGUGGAAAAGCUACUUUGGCAACGAUCUCGCUGCACUAUCAUUCUUCUACCACGACUACGACGAAUCAAACAAACUUUCUACUGACCUCGAUACUCAAAUCUCCGGCGAUUCCAAGGCGGCAGCAGGCGACAAUUAUGCCAUCUUGACUACUCUGGCUGCCCGUCAGGCAUUCGGUGCCACCCAACUUGUCGGCACCCAAGACAAGUACUUUCUCUUCCUCAAAGAGAUCUCAUCAAACGGCAACACCCAAACCAUCGACGUCAUCUACCCAGCCUCACCUAUAUUCUACUACACCAACCCCGACCUCGUCAAACUAAUGCUAGACCCGCACUUUGAGAACCAAGAAAACGGCCACUACCCCAACAAGUACGCCGAACACGACCUAGGCACCCACUACCCCAACGCCACCGGCCACCCUGACGGCAACGACGAAGCCAUGCCCGUCGAGGAAUGCGCAAUGGGCGUCGUACCUCGUAACCGACAACGCUGCUCCCUGCCCUCCAACUCUCCACCGACGACUUCGCCGGCACUUGCCAACCAAACCAACCUCGCGCUCAAGGAGAUCAUCGGCCUCGCCGCAAUGGGCGAAAUGUCGCGUCUCGUCGGCGACACCAAUAGCUCAGAUUACUACACGUCGACCGCAAAAGACUACAUGACUAAAUGGCAAACCCUCGGUAUUAAUAAGUCUGCAAAUCCCCCUCACGCUACUCUCACCUACAACGACGCUUCCACCCACGGUCUUCUGUAUAACCUCUACAACGACGCCCUUCUAUCCACCCACCUCGUCCCGGACUCCGUCUACACCAUGCAAUCCACCUUCUACCCCACCAUCAAGCAGCAAUAUGGUGUACCCCUCGACACGCGCAAUCCCUUCUACACAAAAGGUGACUGGGAAGUUUUCUGUGCUGCGGUCGCGAGUAGCAGUACGAGGGAUAUGUUAAUUGGCGAUUUGGCAAAGUGGGUAGGCGAGACGUCGAGCUCGGAGCCGUUUUCAGAUCUUUACGAGACGAAUAGUGGGGUUCAGACGCCCGGGAUUGAUUUCAAAGCCAGGCCGGUUAUGGGCGGUAUGUUUGCGUUGUUGGUGCUUCCCAAGGGGUAUGUGGCGCCGCAGUAG